AUGGAUGCUAUUUGCUUUGGGUGGGUGGUGUGGGAACUGAUGAUGCUUUGCAGACUAACAGCAUCAGGAUGUUUGCCAUCCUGCUCAUGCUCAGUAGAUAUAUUUGUGAAUACAGCAAACCGUGUACAUGCAGAAUGAUGGGCUUGUCAGUGAUCUCUCUCUCUCUCAAAUAACAUUUAAGAAAACAAUUAAUAAAUAUGAAGUCAUUGAGACAUACUUUCCAUAAAGGUUAAAGGAGAAUCAUGAAAUAGCUGACUCACUUUAAUUUUAAAGGGCAAAUCAAUACGGGAUAAGAGAGAAAUAAAAUGAGUCACUAUAAAAUUCAUUUAAUAAACUGGGGGGAGGGCGGCUAGCAGAGUUUGGAUCAUAUCAAUAAGUCCAGCUGGCUUUCUGGCAGUGAUGCCUUGUGCCUCAAUUUUCUUAUUUAUUUAUUUGUACAUCUGUUUCAUCUGAUUUCAGUAGAACCCUUGCUUCAUUAUGUAAACUGCUUUGGGAUCUAUGAUUGAGCAGUAAGACAACACAAAAAUGAAACUACUUAUGUAUAUAUAUGGGGUGUAUAGGGGACGUGUAGCACCUCUGUUGGGGGACAGGUCAUGCUCCUUUGGGGGUAGUUUGUCCACCUUUGGUCUCCACCCUGCUCUCAGCUCUCAUCCUAGAAGCUGUCACCAUGCGACCGCGGUCACACCCUGGGAAUGGCUUCGACUGACCAGCUAACCAGGUAAGGGUAACAGAUGAGUCUCAAACCCUUGGUGAGGUUCUGGCAGCUUGAGUGAAUGAAACCAAUAAUGGGUCCAACAGUUUCUGACUGUGCUAUAGAGGGAAAUGAGCAAAUGGGGCUCAUCAACCUGGGAAGUUAGCUCAUCCAGGAGAAGGAAAACUCUGAUCCUAAACCUCUGUUGAGAAAGGCUUCAGAAAUAAAUCCUGAGGAAAAAUCUGUACUUGCUGUCUUGCAGGACAUCUUCAGGAGAAGAAAAGGCUAAGCAGUAAACUCUACACAAAUCCAGAGUGGAGUUGGAUGGGUGACUUAUACACCUCUGUCUGGCAACUCUUGCAGCCAAGCUGGUGCCAAUUGUAUUGUUCUGCUUUCCUUUGGACCAACCACAGCAGCGAGAUCAAGGGGGGAGUCUUGUUAUCUGGGCAGCCCAGGACCCUCCAUGCACACUGCCCAGGAAAGAGGUCAUUUCAGUGCUGCUAAUGUGGGAGCCAGAAGUUAUGAGUUACUGUUCUGUACAGACAAAGAAGGUGCUGUGAUUCUCCAGUGGCUUGACUUCACACCCAGGAGCACACUCCAUUAUCUCUCAGGACGUGUGGAGACCAGCAACAACUGUGUCUGACAGUGAGGGCAGAACAUAGCCAUAGUUGCUAGCAUCCACUGAUAGCAGAGAUACCCUUGCUUGUUUAUAUUUCAUAAAAUUGUAAAAAAACAAAACAAAAAAGCCGCAACCCUCAAAGUGGUUUACAAAGAGAAUGAAACAAUAAAAUUCUUAGAAACCGUCACAAGGAACUAUUUAAACAUUAAAGAAAUCAGCACCAAACUACAGAUUAAAACACACACCAGCAUUUGACACAUCUGGGUGGGCUUGCCUGAACAACGUUUUUAGCAGAACAGAGCAGAGUGAAAAAAUGCAUGUUUGAUGUCAAUAGGUAAGGAAUUCCAAAAUGUAGCUGCCAUAUCUCCCCAGACUCUGUGAUCAUCAUCUGAGGCCUCUGUGUGCCUCACCCACAAGAGGUCUAGAGGGUGGCAACAAGAGAGAAUGGACUUUUAUGCGGUGGUUUCCCGCUUGUGAGAUGCUCUCCCCAGGGAGGUUCAUUUGUUGCCUUCAACCCAUAUAUUUAGGUGCCAGGCAAAAACAUUCCUCUUCUCCCUGGCCUUCAGCUAUUUAAACAAUCUAUGAACUUUUAAACUGGGGUGGGGGUACUGUUUUUGCCUAAUACUAUGUUAUGUAUUUUUGUAUUUUUAUAUUGUAAACCACCCUGUGAUCCUGGGAUGAAGGGUGGUAUAGAAAUUUAAUAAAUAAUAACAACAAUAGAUCAAGUUACUAGAAAUGCGGAACAGGUAACCUGCAGCACCUCUAUCAAUGCCAAUUCUGUUGACUGAAGUGGCUGAGUGGGUGCAUUAUGCCGGGAAGGUGGCCUCAUUGGCAAACCUGUCCUAAGUUGUUUACGGCUUCUUAUAGACGGACACCUUGAACUUAGCCCGGUUGCGAACCGGCGGCCAGUGCAGACCUCCGAGCACAGGUGUUACAAGCUGACAGGGUCAGCAAUUGUGCUGCAGCAUUCUGCACCAACAGCAGCAUGCUCCUCCCUACUCCUCCUCCGCCUCCCAGCCACCCAUUGAGCGCACUGCAGCAGCCCAGUCCUGAAGCAAGCAGCCCCCUUGCUAACCUCCUAGGCAGCGCACGCGGGAAUCGCUCACGGGCCAGCGGCAGCUUAGCGGAUGCCCGCGCCUGCGCAGACGGCGCGAUAGCAUCUUCUCGGCCAAGCCGAAUCCGCCGCCGCCUCUUUCUCAGGAGCGGGAGGGGCCCGGGCGCGGUUGCUAAGAGACGGCGCCCGAGCGGCCUUUCUGAGGAGCAGCCUCAGCAGUAGCCGCGAAGAAGCGGCGGCGGCGGAGGCCAGGCCAGGCUGGGCCGGCUCCUCCACCUCCUGCUCCGUCCGGGGGCCGCUUCCCCGCCUCCUCGUCCGGGAAGGACGCCCCCGCCCCAUCCCUCAUGCUGUGGGCGCCGCGGGGCGGGAGCGGCCGCGGCGGGGCCCCCCAAGCAGAGACGCCGCCGCUGCGCCCAGGAAGAGACCGGUGAGGAGGGCGGAGGCUCUGUGCGGCAAAGCGGCCUCCGGGACAGGUGGGUACCCGGCGCCUGCCAGCCUCACCUUCGGGAGGAGUGGGGUGGGGAAAGGACGUCGCCUCCCCUCCUCUCUGUCGCCCGCGGUAGACCCGGGAGGGGGGCGUCGAGGCUUCCUCGUGGCUUGGGAGAGCUUCCCGUUGCAGGGGCAGUGUACCUGCCUGCCUGCCCACAUGCAGCACUUGGGGUUUCAAAAGAGCAUUUCCCUUUUGAGGGGCUAGGGAGCUUGUCCGCGCUUAUUUAGGGUUUUGUGUGCUUGUGCGUGUUAAGAUAUCGUAAUCGUUGCUCAUUUAUUUCUGUUCUGUUAGCCUGCAACUUGGCAAAAAAAGCACACCAAACCAAGCAAACCCCCAAAAGGAAGAAACAGAAGGGUAGGCGCCUGGGGGGAAAAACUUUGGUAAGCCCCCACACCAUUGAAUCCAGUGUGUUUUGACUAUACAGUACAUGAUUUUAGCGUUAAGCACGAUCCCUGGAAUUUAAACCGCCCCCCCCCCCAAGUUGCAGGCUUACUAUUUUUUUAAAAUAUAUUUAUGAUGGUAAGGUCUCUUACCUUCUGCCAUACACCCCCAACGCUCUUUAAAUUUUGUUGUUCAGUAUUUAUUUAUUUUAAAAAAUUGUGCACCACUCAAUUUUUUUUAAACCCCCCCUCAAAGUGGUUUACAAAAACAUGAAAUUGUAAAAUCAAGAAAGAUUCAGAACCCCACUUUAAAAUAUGCAAACGUUAAAAUACCAAAUUACCUCAACUUUCUAAGCAUCUGGGUAGGCUUGUCUAAACAAGAAUAUUUUUAACAGGCGCCGAAAAUAGUACAGUGAAGGCGGCUGCUUGAUUUCAACAGGCAGGGAGUUCCAAAGUGUAGGUGCCACCACACUAAACAAUCAAGUUCUUACAAAUGCAGAGUAGGUAUUAUGUGGCAUCUGUAAUAGUGCCAAUUUUAUAUAUAUUGAUUUUAUUUAAUUAGCAUAUAUUUUAUUGCUAACCACCCUGUGAAUUUUUACAUGGAAAUGUUGGGUUAUAUGUUUAAGUAAAUUCUUAGGUGCAGAAUAGAGGUCUGUCCUCAGCUUGCAAGCUGGAAAUAUGUAUAGAAAGCUGGUUAGGGCGUAAAAGAUUAAAGCAAAUAACUCAGCAGGACCCUCUAGGGUUAGAUAUAGUAUACUGCUGGGUGCUGCUGGGAAUUUGAAAUAACUUAAAAACAAUAAUUAGCAAUUGUAAGGUAUUAUUUGUUGUAUUUUAUUUAAGGUGCUUUCACACCAUUCUUCAGCUAUAACCCCUGCUGCCAUUUCUGCUUCCAAAUGUCAAUCAUAACAGUUCAUGCUUUCAUUCUGAACAGACACGCACAAAAGGAAGCAGGAUUGGGAGGGAAGAGGAAAAGGAAAAAUCAGGCGCUGUUUCUUGUUUACAGAGUUAUUGACAUGACUAACUGGCAUGGGGAGAUUUUAGGGAGGUGGGUGAAUGCCAUGUGUUUCUGGGACAGAUUACUGGGUGGAAAUUGCAGGGAAGCAUAUUUUUGCAGAACAUUAGGAGAAACAAACUAUGGUAAGAGUUGUUCAGCAGUGGAAUAUAUUAUCUCUGGACUCUUUUUUGCUGAAGCUAGAUGCCAAUCUAUCAGGGAUGCUGUGGUUGCAUUCUGCAUUGAGUAGAAGGUUGAACUACAUCCGUAUUCUUGAACCUUGGGUCUCCAGUUGUUGCUGCUCUACAUCAUUCCUAUCCAUUUUUUGUGAGUGUUCAGGAAUGAUGGAAGGUGUAGUUCAACAACCUCUGGGGAUCCAAGGCUGAAGAACACUGGAUUAGGUUACUUUAGAGGGUGCUGGUCAUGGACUAUAACAAUAAAGAUUGGAUUUGAUUACUUCCAAUGUUCCUUCCAACUAUGAUAAUUAUGUGGGGAUAAGUCUAAGUUCAGCUAUUAGCUUUUGUAGCUAUUUGGAAUCUAGGUUCAUAGGUAAUAUUUUUCCAAACACUGGAGCAGUGGACUGAUCUAAUCAUGCCUUCAGUAGUCCCAAAAGCAUCUGUCUAGCCUCUGGAAAAUGGGGUGUGGUUUAGAUGGGCUUUUGGCUUGAUCCUUCAGCUGAUGCAAUGGUGAAAAUGAAUGAUAUCCACUUAUUGCUGCAUGCAAAAUCUAUAGAAAGAACAAGGAAGGUUAUUUUAUAGGAGUUGUUUCUCUGCAUGCUACAGAACAUAGAAUCAUUAGAAAUCUUAAAGGGGUACCAAAUUAUUCAAGAAGCUCAAAGUAGACCAUGAAGAAUUCCAAAAGGAUUAUCUCAAGAACGGAUGAAUGGGCAUCAAAAUGGCAUAUAAGAUACAACAUAAGAUUGUGCAAAGUGAUUGACCUUGGGACACAACCCCCUGCCCUGAAAUGUGUCCUUUCAUUUAUUCACUCUAUCCCUAGAGAAGAGAUCUUUGAGCUGUGGUUGGGCGCUUACUGUAAACAACAAAUCUGUGUGGUCUGUUAUUGAAAAAGGUGAGUUCUUUAUUAGGAAUUGUUAGGGAAGAAACUGAAAACAAAAUGGAUAGUAUCACAAUGCCUUUAUAAAACUUACAUUCAAAAUACUUUGUACAGGUCAAUCUCAAAGUGGACAGCAAAGAACUGAAAUUAUCAAAUGAUUCAGGUUUGAACAGGUUCAUCAAAAAGAAAGACAAGCAUUUGGAACUUAGUUUAGAAAGGAGACCAUCAUGGAGGUUUAUAAAAAAAUUAUCACUCUCCCAUAAUACUAAAUCCCACCAGGGGAGGGUUAUGGCCUUUAUUCCUUGCUUGUGUGCUUCCUAGAAGCACUUGCCUGGCCACUGUAGAAAAUGGGCUGUUGGAUUUGAUGCAUCUUUAGUGUCAACUAACAGGACUCUUCUGAGGGAAUAUAAACACUGCUGUGUGCAGUUACUCAAAAAUUUUGCAGAACAAUAUUUUUAUAGGUUUCAGAACAUGAGAUACAACAUUUAAAAAGAACCACAGUGUUAAUACUUUGUAUUGUUCAAAGCUUUAACCUGAUUACUUACUUCAAUCACAUUUUAAAAUAUGCUAUUUUUUUUUACUCUUUAGCAAGCUCAUUAGAGUGCAUUUGUGUGUGGAGUGGUUUUGUAGACUGUUUAUUAUAAGCAUGAAUUAUAUUUUUUCACAUAUCUACUUAGCCCACAUUGACAUCCAAAUGACAAUUUGUGGUCAAUAUGAACAAUUCAGAGAACUAGUACUCAGUAUAAACAGCACAUGUUUUGUUUCUUUCCACUUUGCCUUUCUUCCCACAAGCCUUUGUUUACCUUUGUUGUUCUGUACCUUCUUAAUCCCUUCUUGUGGCACACUGUUAGCUGGAAGAAUCAGCUUUGGAGUCUGUUGCCAUUAGUUAGGUCAAAUAUAACCUGGUGAUUUGGUAAAUGAAUUUUAUCCAUGUGCUUUUGCUGUAUUUUUCGCAGUAACUUUCUGCAAAAGUUCUGAAAUUGCAGAACUUGAACUGAAAUUCUUUCUAGAACUUUAUCCAGAGAGCUAUUAACUUAGUCAGAAUUGUUGUUUGGUUUGUAGUUGAAUGGUACCUACAAAACUAGAUCCAGUGUAGCAGUACAAUCUUGGCAUCCCACCUCUACACCAUUCUACCCAGAACUUUAAAGAAAUUUUGACAAGCACAGAACUGGCAGUGAUGGCACAAUGCUAAGUGCCUUAAUAUAGGAAUGCAGAAUUUGUGCCCGCCAAAUGUUAUUGGUUUCCAACUUCCAUUGGCUUGCAUGUUUACCUUGAACUAAAUUCUGCUAAAUUCAGUUAGACUUACUUCCAAAUAAGUGUGCAUAGGAUUGCAGUUUUAGAAGAGGAAGGCUCAAAAGGAUGCAAUCCAUAUCUUUGCCUUCAGACAGAAUCUUGCACAUGUUAGACCACAUGUUAAUCCCUGACGGAUAUAUUACCUUUUCCAGCAAUUGUGGUGUGCCAGAAGAAGGGAAACAGGAAAACAAUUGUGCUGUUUCACUUCUUCUUUUUAAUAAUGCCAGCACAAUUUAGUUGAACAAUCCAUAUAGUGAACCAAACCUCCAGUGUAGGGAAAUCCAAGACUACAUUAUGAAUUUUCUUCUUUGGCCUUUUAAUGAGGAGGCUUAUUUUAUUCCAAAUGCUCUGAAUCUGCAGUUGAAGCUACAGGCAGCCAAUUUGAAAAGGUGUCGCACUGUAACUUGAGCAAAAUUGAAUGUUCCACUUAGCACUUCCAACACAAAGACUGUGUGUUUUGGCUGCCUUCUGUUGCCUGACUUUUGCCAUGCCUCUCCCUGUCUCUUUUAAAGGUUUAUCUUUUUCUUAUUAAAAAAAAAUUACGGACCCCUUUGAUGUCUUCUAAGCAACCUGCUUCCUUUUCUGCUAGUAAUGAAAUUGUGCCUAGUACCUAAAUGACAUGUAGAUAAUAUGCCUGACAAUUCUGUAGGGCAAUUGUAUAUUAUUCUGUUCAGCUGUGUGUUUUAUAGCAAUAUUAUUGUGAUCUUUGCACCCAUAGUACUUCUGACUUGAAACAUUGGCCUGUUAUGGCUAAUAGCCCUGAAUGGGGAUGGGCAUCCAGUCAGACCUAGUGAUGUAGAUCUCCAUCCUUGCAUAUGCUCAUCUCACCUAUGUGUGUGGAAGGCUGGUUCCAUGUGGAGGUCUACCUUAGUAGGUUUGGAAAACUGAAUUUUUCAAAAUAAAUAAUAAUAAUAUUUUAGUAUUUAUACCCUGCUCAUCUAGGUAGGUUGCACCAGCCACUCUGGGUGGCUUCCAACACAUAUAAAAGCAUGAUAAACAUGGUGUGAAUUUGCUAGUCACAUUAUGUUUUUAGGCUACCGAAGCAAUUGACUUAGUGGUGCCUUGGCAUCAAAGGAAUAUAUUUUACCAGCAAGUGAUGGCGUGACAGCUUUUUCUAAAUGCAUCUGUGUGGGAGACUGCUCACAUGGCAAGCCAUUUUUGUGAAAUGGCUUUCAGUAAUUCUGAUAACCUCAGCUAUGUACUACGACCCUUAUUUAUUUGUAUUGCGGUGGAAUCGCACAAUGAGUUCUUUCACAGAAUCCUUCCAUGUGGAACUGCCUCCAUACAGUUGCAUCCUCCUGAAUGGCAGCCCUGCCGGUAUUUGGAUAUUAUGGAGCAUUUUCUGUAACUCCGUUAACAGCAACUGACUCAUUGUCAUUCUUGCUGUAGUUCUAUCAAGGUAGUGCUAAGGCACAUAUUUUUAUUGUUCUACUGUGGAGGUGGCUGUGGGAGAAUAAGAAUCAGUAGCUGUUGUGAAAACUCAUCCAAAGCCAAAUGUACUUUAACAAACUACUUUAAUCUGAGAGUCCUGCAGAAGAAGACGUGCCACUUAGACAAACUGAAUGCCAGUUGCUAAGAGCAGGCAUAACCUGAGGUGCUUUCUUCUUUAUUACAAUUUGUAUAGUUUGCUGUUGGGUGGAGGUGGUUGUCCAUAAAUGUUUUUCCUGCUUAACCUAAAAACUCUUAAUCAGUUUAUAAGAGCACACAGUCUUCUACACCACAAAGUAAAACAUGGAAUUGAAACAUUCUAUGAUACCUGUUUUGUUUGAAUAGCUUGUGGUUGAGAAAAGAAAAUCUACCCCUGCCUCAAAAAAAAAGUCUGUGCAGAAAUAUCCAUGAAAUGCCCUUGGGCGUGUUGAGAGUAGCUAUGGUUGAUUCAGAUUAAAUCUUAUCAAAAGCAGUAAAAUUUUCAAAAUGUGUCAUAAUAUCUACAUAAUUACAAAAGCAAAUAAUAAAUAGGAUGCUUUCUAACAGAAGAUUGUCACCACAUCCUCUGGAUAGAAUAAAAGAGAUGAUGCAUUGACCUCAGGGUCAUACAUUUGAAGUGAUAGAAUUUUUAUUUUUUUGAGCAAACUCAAAAUGUUUCACCUUUCUCCUCAUCUUAGGGGUGAAAAUUUGCGGUAGCAUUUUAAAAGAUCAGUUUCUUUUUGGAAGAGAAGCAACUCAAGACUUAUUGUGCCUUUGUAAUACUUUGUAUACAAAUGCAAAAGAUGAACAGAUAUUUUGUGAGGAAUAGGAUAAGCAGAAGCAAGUAUUCUGCUUUGAUUUGGAUUCAUAUAAUUCCAAAAUUCAAAAUCCAAACUUAACUCCCGGGCAAGAAGAUUAAAACAAGCGCCACUUUUCAGCUCUCCCAGUUUGUAGUUCCUCAUGACAAAACUAGCUCCCACCAUGGCAAGAGUCUGUGGCAUAUGGUCCAGAUAUUUGUGGAUUUAGAGGUCUGCAUUUCCACUUACUAUGGCAGGUGUUUUAUCACCCUCUGGCAAGAGUGACAAUUUGGGGUAGUUCCUAGCCUCACACUCUAGUUUCAAGUUGAAAGCCAGCAAGGAUCAUCUCCACAGUUGUGCUUAUUUUCAGAGCGCAAAAUAUAAAGGCAGUGUCCACCUCAAACUCAGACCUGGAAAUGAAAACUUGGCUUGCUGUUUGGCACUGGCUGGCUGAUAGAAUAUACUAUUGAUAUAGUAUAUUACAAUAUUCUAGUUAAAGGUUUCUCCCCUUGUGUCUAUGUAACAUUUAGUGAGAGAUGAAGUGGUUCAAAAUACCAUCUUCGACAAAUAUUUGAAAGCAAAUCUAAAUAUGUGCUAUUACUAAUAUCUGCUGUUUGGUUUAGUUAGGUCUGUGUUUUUUAAACUUCCUUUCCUUUUUUUAAAAUUAGGAAUGUUUGUAGCCGCCAUGUAAGCCUGAAGUAUAGAGACCCAAGAUAUGAUUCUGGCACUUUAAGAAAUAUAAGAGACCAGCUUUAACUGUAAGUUAAAUUAUUUUGUUUGAAAAUGUACAAUGUCUUAAUGUUACUUGAUUCUUAACUACAAGUCUGAUGAAAACAAACUUUUUAUCUGUUAGUGAACACUCCAGCUGUCAUGUUUACUUGGAACUUAAGUUUAUAGCCAUGCAGACACAAUCCUUGCUGCUUGAAAUGGUGAGCUGGCUCACCUAGUGUGAAGUAAAUUUGCUCAUGGCAAGCUUGAUGGCUCCAGUGCAUCUCAUGAUAUCUGUCUAGCAAUCAUGACAGGAUGUACUGUACUGGGAAAGUAUUCUCUCUUUAAUAAGGUACUAAUGACUAUCUUGGGACAAUCUCAACUAUAGAGCCACAAGUAGGAAUGCCGCUUGGGGCAAGAUAUUGACUGUACCAUCUGUUCCUAGCAUGUAUGAACGCUUUAAUUGAUAUAUUAAGAAAUUCAACUUUUAAAUUGAUCUUCCUACUUGUCCCUCUUCAGUCUAGAUACUGAAGUUGUCCUCCCUUCUUUCCACUAGGAGGCAGGUUCUGCUUAAAUUCCGCUCUCAGUACAGGCCUAGACUUCAUUGUGAGGGCUCCAAGGGGAGAGUGUUUUGUUUCUUUUCUUUUCUUUUCUUUUCUUUUCUUUUCUUUUCUUUUCUUUUCUUUUCUUUUCUUUUCUCUUUUCUUUUCUUUUCUUUUCUUUUCUUCUCUUGGGAAACCAUUGUGUCCACCCUGGGCAUAUGUAGUAUUUUCUUAGCGAUUCCACUUCUUGAAGAAAGCAUAUUUUUAUCUCUUUCUUCUCUAUUAGCUUCCCUUAAAUAUACCCUGAUCAUAAAUUAUCUUUCCAUUGAUAUAUAAUUUUAUGGUAUUACUAAAAAAAAAAUUGGUGUUAUGAGCCAUCAAACCUCGGAAAUACGCUUUCUCCGGAAGGUUUCCACAAUUUUGGCUACUAGUGUAUAGUUCAGAUAAUUGUUUAUUGAGUGGUGGUGGUCCUGAGGAGUAUUCAAUCAUAUGAGCCCCUGCAGCUGGAGCCAGAAGUGUUGCAGUACAGAUAUAAGCUUACUGCCUUAUCUGAGGUUUAUGAGAAGUAGGUUUUAGUUUGUUGUCCUUUCCCAGGCAACCAAGGGGACAGCUUGAUGUAGAAUAGUGACGUUAAGAUGGGGGAUUCAAUCACAUAAUUAAAACCUCUUUGAAUGCAGUGUAGGACUGCAGCCUUUGUAGUCUGUCAGUGUUAUUGUAUCCUUUAAAUACAUUUUUUCCUUGAUGGGCAAAAAUGAAUUAAGAGAAUACAUAUGUUACCACCUGUCUGUGCUUAAGGAACAAAAGAUUUGGAUAGAGGGAUUAUGCUAUUUGCAUUAUUAACGCUAGACAAUUUAACAAAUCAAACAAAACUGUUUAUCUUUUUUUAAAAAAUUGUUGUUUCGUGUCCAUUGAAGUUGGUAUGCAAAUAUUAGGAAUGUCUCUCAGGUUUUUUUUUUUUUAUUUAUUUAGAAUUCCCAUUGAGACAUGAACCAUGGAAUGUGUAGCAGCUGUUUGUUUAGUGCUAGCAGUUUCAAGCAUGCAAAUAAGUGUUAGGUAAAAAUUUUGUGUGAUGUCAUCUUCAGUAGGAAAUUAUCAACUGCAAACUUGUGUGGUAGAGGUAAUAUUUUAGAGCUAGGAGAGUAAAUUAAGCAAGGAGGGGGAGAACCAUGUACAUCACAUUGAACUCAUUGGAGGAAAAGGUGGGAUAUAAAUACAAUAAAUAAAUACUUGCUCCUGGCUAGCCUCCUUCUGUACGCAAUAUGAGUCAUGAAUUGCCCCUUUUCUCAAGCCAUUGCCUCAUCUUUUAGACAUGCACCGUUUUCAGUUCUCUUGGAAUCAUGUUUCUCCCUGAUGCAAAAAUUGGAGGUAGGUGUGUAAGAUAAUUAGAUUGAAGAAAUAGAUCCCUCCCUUAUUUUAAGAAGUGCAUAUUUUAUUUUUUUGCAAAAUUCUUGAGGGUUAUGGGGGUGGGAAUAGGCAUUUUGUGGCUCUAAAUACAGUGGUACCUCAGGUUACAUACACUUCAGGUGACAGAGUUCACUAACCCAGAAAUAGUACCUCAGGUUAAGAACUUUGCUUCAGGAUGAGACCAGAAAUCACGCAGCAGCGGCGUGGCGGCAGCAGGAGGCCCCUGAAGUGGUGCUUCAGGUUAAGAACAGUUUCAAGUUAAGAACAGACCUGUGGAACGAAUUAAAUUCUUAACCACUGUACUAGUUAAUGAGUACAAAACAAGCAAAACACACACACACACACACACACACACACAAAAUUCCAACCCCAUAGGAAUUCCUUUUCUAUAGAUUCCCUUGAUGAUUGCUGUCAAUUUUUCCUGGGGUUAGUGAUCUUUCUCCUAAUAAUAUGAUGAUAUGAGUAAUUUAGGCCAAAUUCUGUAGUAGCAAAAGCCUAGAUUUUUUUUUAAUGAAGGAAUAAGAAUUAUCUGGAAUGAAAUGUUUUUGAAGUUUGUGGUGCAGAUAAUUGUUUAACGUUCUGAUCAACUUUAUACUCUUUCUGUCUCAAUGAGAUUGCCAGUUCUCUGGCAGAAUCCCACAUCACUCCAAUAGCAUUUGAGCGAUGGAGUCCUGUGGGGCAGGCUGUUGCAUAAGAGGUACCCAUGUUCCAUGUCUAUAACCAUUGCUGUCCCAGUAUGGGUUGCUGGCACUACUUUUGGCAGUGCCUGACCAUUCUCUUACAGCAGAGGUGGGAAACCUUUGAUUCUUCAUAUGUUGUUAGACACCAACUCCCCUCAGUCCAGCCAGUAUGGUCAAUAGUUAGGGAUGAUGGGAGUUGUCAUCCUGCAAUAUGUGGUUCCCCAUCCAUUUUUUGCAUGAUUCUGUCCUUCACACAUUACUUCGGCAAGGUGGGAUCCAAAUAUUGCUACUCAAGUAACAUAUGACUCUGGUAAUAGUCUUCUGUUGUUGAAUGAAAUUCCAAACCUAUAAUUUAAUGCAUAGUUUUGGCCUGCGAAGAACUUAUAUUCACAUUACAGUAUUUCUUUUUCCUUGUGAUUGGUUGCUUUUGAAACAGAAACUGGGUUUCUCAUAAUUUGUGACUGAAAAAUUCCUACUGAUUGCAGUGGACUCUUGAGUGAUUAUGGGCUGCUUGAAAAAGUUUAAAUCAUCAGCAUGUAAAUCAAAUGCCUUCUUCAUAAAAUAGUUUUUUAAAUGUACUUUGUAUCAGGAUAAAAUAGUGUUGUGAACAAUGAUUAUCUGCCUUUAUGCCUUAAUUCUUCUAAGAACUGGAGCUCAAAUUGUGCAAUUGAAAAAUUAUUAUUUUUCAUCCUGUUAAAAUCCUGUUGUGGUAUAUAAUUACUGGGAAAGCAUUUUUAUUUUAUUACACAGAAAGGUGUAUUGAUACUUGAGGUACAGUACUAUGUGAACAGAAUUCAAGUGCUUUGGGAACACUUGUUCUUUUUGAAUUGCAUUAUCAGCCCCACCAGUCAGUCGUGACUCUGCUGAAAAACGGUGUUUAGGUAAGGAUGCCCGGUUGCUAAGCAAUGGACAUUAGAGGCUUAAACGUUUAAAGCUGUAGUGCAAAGUUUCCCUCUUUGAGUGAGAUAUUUUCACGUUACAAAUUGGAAGGGUUUUUUCUUCCUUAAACUGCUAUUUAAAUAUGUAUUUUAUAUAAGGAAGACUAUAAUAGCUCUAAAGUUAUGAAAUUUUGCAUAAUUGGAGAUGAUUUUAUUUUUAUUACUGUCUCUUACUAUCUUUUAGUCUGUUACUUACAGAUGGGGAAAAAUUUACCCAUUUCCAAGUAAUAGUUUUGGUGGUAUUUAAAGGCAUUUAAAAAAUUCUGCUUACUUCAGUAUUAGCAAGCAAUAUAUAGCAGCAACAAUUAAAUAUGGAGGGGAAACUAAAGGAUUGCUUGGUAGACAUAUGCUACAGAUAAUGCAAAAGUUGAUCACAUUUAUUUCACUUCACAUUUUCAGUUGCAGAAGGUGAUAAUUCGAUGGGUCAGCAAGAGGGAGCAGAGAAUCUCUACUUGUCUUGGUCAAAAGAUAAAAUAAAAAUAGCAGGGGAUUGUUUUGUGCCUUGACAGGACACAUGUUCCUGACCUCUUUCUCAGGACCUGGAUAAUGUGGUAUGGUGAGCAAGGCCAGGUUUGCAAAAGAAAAGUAGACUUGGCUUGCCUGUGGCAGGGACUUCAGAGAUGAAUGAGAAAUUGGGAAGUAGGGUUAGGGAAAUAACUGGAAAUCUCUAUCCUUCCCCGGACCUGUCAUUCAAAGAUGUUGAUCCCUUAGCUAGCAACUAAAUUUUGUGUCAAGAAAACACAUUGCAAAAAAACCUCAAAGCCCCAGGUCAGAAUGGACUCCUGCUGAAAGAAUAUGCGGCUAGGAAUAUUCUCCAUUGUUCAGUGAGGCCCAACUGGACCUACCUACAGUGUUCAAGACUUGUUCAGCCACAGGACUUCCUAUUGGGUGCCCUGUUGGUCUCUCAAGCUCUAGCCUUUCCCUCCUUUGGCCAGAAUGAUGUCAUGCAGUUGAACACUUGUCUGAUAGCACUGUUGCUUGUUUGUUUUUAAACCAAACUCAAAUACUAUGUAAAAAAUCAUGAUGUGGGGAAAACCUUGAAGCUAGUCAUCACUUCUCAUGAUUCUUGUCACCCCAUUGCUGUACUGCCUCAGCUCUUCCUUGCCUCCUGGAGGGGGCAGCAAACCACAAGAGCAGGCGCUGAAGAAAGCAGCCCACCCAGAAACUUAGCAAUAUAGAUGUCACAAGCAUCUUUUUUUAAGCACAGGAGGAGAUGCCGGUCCAAGCUGGCUCUGGGCUUCUUUCUGGGAGCCCCCUUUCCCCUUCUUUUCUCCUUUUGGACUCUCUUUGCCAGCAGGACCUGCCUAAGGGCGUCUCCUGAUAAGCUCUUUUGGGGUCUUUGAAAAGCAGGAAGGUCUUUCUGCUUCACCUCCCCAAAGCCUGCCCCCCAUGUUGCUGCCCAACCCUGCCUUUUGAAUAGCUGCUGCCCUCAGCCAGGGCGCACUUGGAAACCACUGCUUGUCCUGUGGAAAAAUACAUUGGGGUUAUUUACCUCCGAGUUUAAAAAAACAAAAAUAUACCUUGCCCUGUUGUUUAAGCCCCUUUCCUCCCUUCUUGCCUUCUGUGUCCGUGUGGGUGUUUAUGUCUCACCCCCUCGUAAUGUUCCCUAUUUUCUCCUCCCUAUCCUCGAACUCUCCCCAAUUCUCCCCUGGCCCCUUUGCUUUCUCACACAUUUGUUCCCCCAGCCCUAUACUUCCUUAUGUGCUCCUUCCUUUUUCUUCCCUCCCACCCCCACUGGCAAAAAAGGAGGGAGAAAUGUUUUUGUUUUUAUUUUCUGGUGUUUACAUAGUUCCGGCCUUAUUUCAGACAUUGUGAUAUCAUGAUGUUUAGCUUUUGAUACGUCACCAUCUUGAAUACCAGACAUCACACAGCCCUACCAUGAACUUCGCAUCUCAACAUCUGGGCAGGUCUGUUUGGGAAUGGAAAGUUCUUCAGAUUGUUCUGGCCAGAAAUAUCAACUGACCACUUACAUGGGGCUUCUUCCCUGUUCACUUUCCAUCACCAUCUGUUUUGGUUUUAUUUCUUCACCCUUCUUUUCAUUUGGGCUCCCCCCGCAGACAUGAAAUUAGUUUGAAGACCACAGGUUCCCUACCUCGAUGAAAAGGGAAGGGAGAAAGAAGCUUGCUGAGCAUUAGGUAUGCCAUAUAGAUAAAAACAGUAUGAGAAGAAGGAGCAAGCAAGAGGUAAACAUAGCAAUUACUGUACUUUUCUGUGUAUAAGACUAUGUUUUUUUACUCUAAAAUAAUGUUCAGAAUCUGGGCUCGUCCUUUACACUGAUAGUAUCUUCCCCCAUUUUCUUAAAUCAGAGCCCCCCAAAAUAGGGGGUGUCUUGUACAUGGGGGCGUCUUAUAGAUGGAAAAAUAUGGUACCGUAUUUUUUGCUCUAUAAGACGCACCAGACCACAAGACGCACCUAGUUUUUGGAGGAGGAAAAUAUGAAAGAAAAUAUUCUGAAUCUCAGAAGCCAGAACAGCAAGAGGGAUCGCUGUGCAGUGAAAGCAGUAAUCCCUCUUGCUGUUCUGGCUUCUGGGAUAGCUGCACAGCCUGCAUUCGCUCCAUAAGACGCACAGACAUUUCCCCUUACUUUUUAGGAGGGAAAAAGUGAGUCUUAUAGAGCAAAAAAUACGGUACUUUAUCUGUUCUAUUCUGUAAGCAGAUGUAGUACAUUUGUAGCCUGCCAUAUAAUGCUGCAUUUCCAAAGCAAAAGGCGCCAUGUUCAUGCUGACUUGCCUAUCAAACGAUUCAUUAUAGCAAGCUCUAACUCUUAACACCUGCCAAAAUGUCUUCUGCUUCCUUAACCAACUUUGCCCAUCCUGUUUGAUAAUCUAAUUGCCCCCUGCUCUUCAGCCCACCUUUCUCUGUAAAUCCUUUGACUAGGAAGUCUCAUCUGCAGCAGAAACACAUGUAGGGUGCAUUUGCUCAAACUUCAUUUCUCUGUCUUUUCCCCAUUUGAAAUUUAGGCAGUAGAUUCACUGGGGAAGAGCCCCCCCCCCCUUGGGAGCUUAUAUUGUUCUGUAACAUGCCAUGUGCAUUAGAAUUACAGUAUAGUUGAGUAGCAUGGCUUGGAGAGCAAGGCUUCUAAUAUUUCAGGAACAAUUGAGUCAUGCAUGCAGCAUGGAUGCUACUAGCCAUGAUAGCAGUGCUGUGCCAUUGCAGUUGAAGUCUUCAAUGCUUCUGAAUACCAGUUGCUGGAAACUACAGGAGGGGAGAAGGUUAUUGUGCUUGAAUCCAGCUUGCAGGAUUCCCACAAGCAUCUGGAUGGCCACUGUGAGAACAGGAUGCUGGACUGGAUGGGCAACUGGCUCUGGCCUGAUGCAGCAGGCUCUUCUUAUGUUCUUACACUUGUCUGUUAGUGCUUGGGGAUAUCAUUAUGCAAAUAAGUAUUAGGUAGGAAUUUAGUGUGAUGACAACCGUUCAUGAAAGUAGUAGGAAAUCAGUGCAGGCAAACUUACUAGCCGCUCUGAGCCUGGCCUUGGCUGGGGAGGGCGGGGUAUAAAUAAAAAUUAUUAUUAUUAUUAUUAGUCAGAAAUGUAUUUUAAAGCUAGAAUGAUACACUCUUGGUUAGAUCCUUCCUGCCCUCUCUCCACUGUCCCACACCAGCUACAGAAUGCUCAUUUUCUCACAACAUUGAGACACAUAUUGCCUUUUAGUUUAGACAAACUCUUUCUGUUCUCUUGGAGAAAUUGUGCAUUUUUUCCUGAUGGCAGAGGAGAGCCAUGGAAAAAUUGGACAGAAGCAGGUGCUUACGACUUGGAGAAAGAGAAUCUCUUCCUUCCACCAUUCUCUUUCAGGAAGUUCAAAAAAGUUUCAGGGAGUUCAAAAAAGUUCUUGCAAAGCUCUUGAGGACUACUUAAAAACAAAUAGUAAUGGUAGGGGUAACCAACCUGAUGCCCUCUAGAUGUUUUAGACUCCAAUUCCCAUCACCUCCAGUCAGAGUCGGUAAUAAAGGAGUUGUAGUUCACAACCUCUGAAGAGCAUUGUGUUAUCCCAGGCUUUUUAGUGGCCCUGAAGAAUGUAGUAGUAAUAGUAGUGGUAAUAAUAAUAAUAAUAAUAAUAAUAAUAAUAAUAAUAAUAAUGAUAAUAAUAGAUUUUAAAAUCCCAUAGGAGUCCCCUUUGGUAUAUGUUCCCUUGAUGGUGUCAAUUUUACCUGAGGUUUGAGGGAUUCCCUACCACCACCAAAUAAUAGUAUGAUUAUGAUAGCUAAUAAUAAUUUUGAUGAAAUUUUGUAAAGGCUGAAGCUUAGAUGUGACAGAGACUUAACUGUCAUCUGAAGUGGAAUGCUUUUUUGAAGUUUGUGGUGCAAAUAGUUAACUAAAGUUCCCAUAUAUUUUUUCAACUCUUGCAUUUUAGAGAAAAACACAUUUCUGUUCCAUGUGGGACAAGCUGGUCACAUGAGUGAUACCCAUGCCGCAUCCUUACAACCACUGUGCUAAUACAGGUUGCUGACUGAUGUGGAUUAUUUCCAUGUGAUUCCAUCCUUUACAUGAUAUUUGGAACCAUGUGGGAUCCAGGCAUAGGGAUCUGCCAUGCCAGAUACUAUUGAAUCUGGUGAUGGGCUUCUGUUGUUGUAGACGGUUGAGUAAAAAUUCUAACUCUUUGAUUUAAUAAAAAAAAAUGCCCCCAGAAGAACAUUUGGGAGCAACAAAUUGCAUCUCAGAACUUAUCAUUAGAAAAUUCCUAUUGAUUUUGUUAUACAGUCAAUAUGUUAAAUCAGGCUGAUAAAGCUGUCUUUUCUGUGCGGAUCUAACUUCCCCCUAUUUAUUAAGAUGUCGUAGCACUAUAGCAACAUUUUUUAAAAAACAAUUUAAAUAAUUACUCCCUCAUAAUCACUGAUUUAGAGGCAGUUGUGAUUCUCACAUCAAAGUGCUCCCCCCACCUGUCGCCUUUUAAUGAAAAAAUGACACAGCUGAAUUUUCUUGUUAAUAGUCUUUCAACCACAGUUGACAAUCACUUAAAAAAAGAAGAAGCAAUAUACUCCUGUGAGUCAUGGAAGUGGGUGUGUUUCUGCAGAGAGCAGCUUUCGUAACACCAAUCCACCAAUCUGUCACCAGAGUCGGAAGAAUAGAACACCCCUGCACACAGGCUCUGCUUUGGCAAAGAGCUAUCUUCUUUACUACCAAUGUGAGUUACAGCUAAGCUGCUGCUUUCUUAGAGGCAAGUGAAAGUGAGUAUGCUAGCAGUAACGGUAACAUGCGCUUGGAGAUGAAUUCCCCCCUGUAGUUUGCUUUUCAAAUCUUGUUUUUGAUGUGUGACAAAUCUUAAGUGCCUGUUAUUCAUAAUAUUGUGGUUCAAAGGAGGCAGACUUCAGUAAGUAGUGUGUGUGUGUGUGUGUGUGUGUGUGUGAGAGAGAGAGAGAGAGAGAGAGAGAGAGAGAGAGAUUUUUCUGAAUUGUUGCACCACGCUUGACGUCCUAAAAUAUGGAAACAAGUUGAAAGUGUGCAUGUUUCAAAAAUAAAAUAAAAUGUAUGUGUGCAUAAGAUUAAUGUUGGAAAAAGAGUUCUAAUAUUUUUAUUAAGGAUUUUCUUGUUUUAAUAAAAAUAUUAGAACUCUUUUUCCAACAUUAAUCUUAUGCACACAUACAUUUUAUUUUAUUUUGAAACAUGCACACUCAACUUGUUUCCAUUUUAGGACGUCAACGUGGCUGACAAUUCAGAAAAUCUCUCUCUCUCUCUCUCUCUCACACACACACACACACUACUUACUGAAGUCUGCCUCCUUUGAACCACAAUAUUAUGAAUAAUAGGUUCAAAGGAGGCAGACUUCAGUAAGUAGUGUGUGUGUGUGAGAGAGAGAGGGGGGGGGAGGGAGAGAGAUUUUUCUGAAUUGUUGCACCACGCUUGACAUCCUAAAAUAUGGAAACAAGUUGAAAGUGUGCAUGUUUCAAAAAUAAAAUAAAAUGUAUGUGUGCAUAAGAUUAAUGCUGGAAAAAGAGGAUCUUUUGUUAAAUUUUGAGUGUAUAGAAUCUAAUACCCCACUUGGGGGACCGGCAAGUUAACACUUGGCAAGAGCAAUUUGCAUAAGAGAAAAGACAGGAGGAAAAAGAGUAUUUUAACCCUUCCUUGUUAAGUAUUUACCCUUAUACCCUUUCUCACAAUAUUAUUAAUUGUUUGUAUUCUUGUUCAUUGUUUACCUCAGAGAUUUAAUAUUCUUUAAGGAUAAAAGCUGGUUGGGGAAAGGGUUUGGGGGAGAUAUGGCUGACAGGGAAACGGAUAAGUGCUCCCCUUCUUGAGAUUGCUUUGCAACAAGCAGCCUUCAGGCACCUUAUACCCCUUAUUUUAGAUUAGGUCAAUCCGCAUCCGUAUAGCUUAUGGUUGUUUGCUGUUUAGUCGUGUCCGGCUCUUUGUGACCCCCUGGACCAGAGCACGCCAGGCACUCCUGUCUUCCACUGCCUCCCGCAGUGUAAAGUUCACCAGUAAAGAUAAAACAUACUAUAUGAUUACUUAACAAGGUAUUGGAUGGUACAUGUUACAGGUGUUCAACAAACUUUCAAACUUUACAUCACUGUGAUACUUUACUAAAAACUAGAACAGUAAAUUAGUGAGCCGGUGAGGUAACAACUUAAUCGUUCUUCAAGAUUAUGUUUGUGCAAGCAUCCUUUUUGUUGCUUUUCAUUUCAUUUCGUUUGUCUCCUUCCACAGCUAAGAAUUAUGUGUUUAGGUUUUUAAAUUAUUUUAAUAGUAUGGGAUUUGUUCAGUUAUUGCUUUACAUCCCUGCAGCACACACAAGUAAUUUAUUUUAGUCUACAAAACAAAGGUGGAGAAGCCUGAUGGUGACUGUAAAUACCAGGGGUUGUGUAGGGUCACACAUCACCCUCUCCUCUACACCCAGUAUACCUUGCAGGGGAAACAGGUCUGUAGUGACUGUAGGACUUGCACAAAAUCAGCUUUAAGAAAAGGAAUAGGUAAUGAUCAAGGAGGAUAACAACUGGGAUGAAGCACAUCUUGAGUUGAAUGAAGAAACACCAGUAGAUACUUGCCCAAAUUGUGUGAAAGUUACUCCUCUUUAAGGGAUGCUCUGCGUGCUACCAGAUCCCUGUAGCAAAAUUCCCUUUUGAUUUGUGCACGCAUGCUUGUUUUAUGCUUCCUCUUGAACCAUGUGCCCUUAUUUCUCUACAAAGAUAUCUGGCUACACCACAUUGCCUAUUAUAAGUUUGCCCAUGUGGGAGAGGAAACGGCAAAGUAAAUUUCCAGGGCAGAGAAUUUCUGAUUCUUAGUAAGUUAUAUGGUCAUAUGGGACCCUGAUUUCUGCUAGGCUGAGAUGGAAGGGACCUUCCAUUGCUAUUCAUGAUAUACAAAAAAGGGUUUCAUGAUAUACAAAAAAGGUAGUUUGCUUGCUUACACAGAACUCUUCAUGACCGUAUGAAUAUAUUUUACUCUAGUCGUACGUCUGCUCAUCAGUUACUGAUUAUCAUUAACCAGCAUCCCCGCCCUUCUAGGUGGGGAGAAGUGACAAUAAAGUCACUUCUCUCAACCAGUUUUUUCUCUAUCUCUUCAGGGAGCUUCAGGUACUUCUGACUCAAGGUAAAUGAGCCAUGAGGAUCAAUGGUGUAGAGUCCUGUCCUCAGCUUUCUUUUUUCUGUUGUAGUGUCUUCAUUGGUCACAAAGCUGUAUCUUCUGUUCUGCCUAGAAGUGUGUCCUUGUGUAGCAGGUCUGGGCAAUAUAAAACACUAAGUGUCCAAAGGUGGCAGGGGCUUCACAUCACUCAGGCUGAGGAUAUCAGCAGACAUCAAUACAUAAAAACAUACAUUUGAUGGGCACCUUCAUGAAGGCUGACCCAGAAGUAAACAUCUUCUAUGAUGCUUUUUAAAUACUUCUGAGAUUUGUCACAAACUUAAGUAGCGUUCAAAAAUUUCAUGGUAACUGACAGGAUUCAGUUACAGUGAAAAUAAACAUUUCGUUUUAUUUUAGCUGAAACAAUCCAUUUGGUGAACCUCAGCAUUUUAAAAUUUAUAUUUGUAGAAGCAUAUGCACCCUCAUCUUCUGGAAGGCAGCUCAAAGUCAUAAAAUAAAUAAAAUAUUUACACUUCUAUAAGUUACAUCAAUCUGUCCAGUUUCUUGAGUAUGAUUUCCAAAUGGCCUUGAAGUGAAAUGUGAAUCACAAAUGAGCCCAAGGUACUUAGGUAAUACCAAAUGCAGAAAUCGGGGGGGGGGGGAGGGAGUCCAGAAGCCCCACUGAACAUCUGGAGGGCCACAAGUUCCACACCGCUGCCUUAGGACAUAGGAUUUGCAGAAUAAAUAAUUUUACAGCAGAGUUGUCUGUGUCUUCCUUUUUGGAAGGAAACUUUCUGGAACACAGUCAUACUUGGAGCAGGGUAGUUGUUGCAUAUGCUGACGUCUGCUUUCAGUAAUGUGAAGGUUACAUCCAUUCACAGAACGCUGUGCACAGUGACCUUUUCUGCUGCUAUUAUCACACUUCUCCAAUUGCUAUUCUAAUAGCUAGUACACUUGGGUGCGGGCCUUCGUACAGCCAGAGGUGUGUGGAAUACUGCAUGAUUUGUGUCUAGGAGGUGGAAAUGAGAAGAGUCCCAUAGUAACUUGACCGCAAGUGGAAGUUUGUUUUGUCAGCUUAGAAUCUCCCCUUAUUUGCAUUGCUAGCCUCAAUUGCUAAGGAAGGGAUUCACUUAUUCAAUAAUUUAGCAUUUCACUUGCUGUUUCAGAAAACAAGGGCACCAGGAUACUUUUAAAAUUAGAACAAACAGGCUAUAUUGUAAGGGUGGUGGGCCCAUUUUGAAGGCCUGCCUUGGGACCUGAUCUUUUCUUGAAUGUUCUGCUAGUGGGAAAAUGCAGAUGAUCAUGUCAAAGCUCCUAUCUAGCUAUAAGAUGGUGAAAUGAAAUGGGUAGCUGACACAAUCACUCCUGAGCCUCCUCUCUGGCUUAGUGGUGCUCAUGUGGUUCCUUAGAAUUUUGGGCAGCUUUGGGCUAUGAAGCAAACUACAUGAAGGCUAGAGCUCAAGUGAUACAAUUCUUUAUUGAAAGCUGACUGAACCCUGGCUAGUUUGCAUAAACAUGCCUACCAUGUUCCAGUGUGGGCUACGAGGAAGGCACAUUUUGCAUUGCAUCCUCGAGUGGUCAGCAGACAGUUAUUUUGAAUGGUCCAGAGGUUAUUGACUCCCACUGUAGAGGAGGAAUCUGGAGCAUUUGAGGACCUGCUGCGACCAACUAGUUAUACAUGUUGAGGAUAAAUUGCCUCAAAUUCAGAGUGUUGUUGAUGUUUAUUAAAUGUCUAUACUGCCCUCCAUCUGAGGAUCACAGGGUGGCUUGCAAUAUAAUGCAUGGAGUACCAUUGACUCUGCAGUUCCAGUUCCAGAUGAAGGUACCCAAUGCCACAGUCAGUGAUGUGUUGUGGGAUCAGUUUGAACUUAUGCAGUCAGCAGAUGUGGACAAGGUGCUAGCAGUUGUAUGUCUGACCAUUUGCUCUCUUGACCUCAGUCCCAGCUGGCUUAUUCAACCUAUCAGAGAUACUUUGACUAGAGCAUGCUGCCUUGAAAUAGGUGGUGUGUCCACUUCUAAAGAAACCUACCGUGGAUCUCUUGGAUUGGAAUUGAUCCAACUGAACUAUUGAUCCUCAUCUCUGACCUUUACAGGGAAAGGGACAAGGGGAGUGUUACCUUGCUCCUGCCUCUUGAUCUCUUUGUGACUUUUGAUACCAUUGAGCUGUUAGCUCUGCUUAGGACUACAUAUUCAGAACCAUCAGUUUUGAUAGGUUUCACAAAUAGAGCAGCUGUGAUAGAUCAAAAUGAAUGACACUUCCAUGCCUGUAUCUUUAAUGCGGAAGAUUCUUGAAUCUUUGUACAUACUGCUUCUUUAGAUAAGGCUGUUGAAAACCUUGGUAUUAUCAGCAGAGUAGUGGAAAAACAGCAACUAUUGUGCCAAAAAAGUUCUGGCAAACCAAUGCUGGAAAUGUGUCACGGUGCCUUGCAUGAGGAACUACUGAUAAAGCAGAGUCCCAGUUCCCCUCCCUCCCAGAUAGUUUGUGAUAGUAACUCUAGAUUUUAUGCAUAAAAGUCCAGCCCCGUGGAUCCAUUGCUGAAAAAGCUAAAAGGUUCAGUCAGUACUCCGUUUGGGGAGAGAGAGGAGAUUGCUUGUUUUCUUCAUUCUUCCGUGUUGCCUGCUAUCUGCCUGGCUUUGCUUAAGCUACUACGAAGCCUAUUCGACUACCCUAAAACUGGUGACUGAAAUUUUAUUGACUUAAUAUGCUAAAAAAUGUUUCAUGGCUGGGUGGGCUACAGUUAUGCUAUUUACCUUGAUUGCUUUGGCAGUUUUGUUAGAUAUCGGACCUGGAAAGGGGACCAGUUAUCUUGUGAUUUUAUAAGCUAUGUGACUUCAUUGCUCAGUUCAGUCUUUUUACAUUAUAUUUUAGGUAUUGGCACUUUGCUUUCUUUAUUGAGUAUGGCAUAGUCAUCAUUUAUUUUAGUUACUGAGAGUGAAUUUUCGUUUAAUUAUUAUUUGGUGGUAUUUUGAAAGUUAAUUUUAGUAUGUAUUAUUAUAUCCUAUAUGGAUUAUUGAAUAUUCCUUCUUUGAUAUAAGUUGUUCAUUUUAAAGUCAAUUUUACAUAUGACUUAAUUGCAUUAGAUCAGAUUAUUAUGAUUGUGAUUUUUUGUAUAUUUUGUAUUUGUAUAAUUUGUUGUUUCUACAGCUUAUAAAUUGCUGGAAGUAGUCACUAGGCGUAUGGGGGCAAGGUGCCAUGUACUCUGAUUACAUUGAAUUCAAUGGGACUUGCUGCUUUGUAGGGAUGUAUAGGAUUGUGUGUCAGUCAUUUUAAGGCAUAGCACCUCAGAAUGUUCUAUCUAUCCCUUGAAAACACAUAAGUCAAUUGUAAGUUCUUUGUGGAGGACACUUAAACACAAAACAGGUGCUUUUUAUCUCCUUUGUGUACAGGAGGGAGUAGGGGAGCAUAUACUAAGCGGGGGGGGAGAGAAGUAGCAGGUAUGGUGGCAGCAUAUUUGGCUACCCCUCAGCAGCUAUUUCCCAGGUAGUUCUGUGUUCCCUUAAACAGCUGUUGCAAUUAUCUUUCUCACUUCUUAGUCUGCUGCUAAAACAGACAAAUUGUGGUGCAGGGCUAAAAAAACAGUGUCUACCAAUACAUGUCAUGAUAUAACAUUGGCCAUUCAAAGCACCUUACCUUUCCCCUUUUAUGGUUGUUUUGCCAAAUAUCUGCUUCCACAUAUAAUGGAUGUGAAGUGGCCAUUGAAAAGAAGUUUUUCAAAAGAUUAAUGUCAGUUUUGAAGAGGUUCCACAAGUACAGUUAUUUUUCCAGUUAUGUUUCUCUGGCAAGGAAAGUGAGGAAAGGUGCCAUUAUGUUUUGUUUGCUCUUGUACUGAUAUUCAGUAGUAUGUACAGUAAAUAAUAUGCUUUUAAUAUAGGGAGAUACAUUUGCAUUAGCAGAAUUCAUUCUUACCACGCUUCCUCUUGACUCCAGUGACUUGCUUUGAUUUUGCAGAGUGUGCCUUCUUUUUCUCUAUUGGAGGAAGAAUGAAUAAAGAUUUAUACUUUGAAAUGAAACAGUUAUUUGAUUUGGCUUUUUAACAGUGUGGAUGAACAGUUCAUUAAAAAAAAAGAAUAAUGAACAGCUGAGUAAAUAUAAAAUAUACAAAUGUUCUGAGUUCCUAAAUAGGUCUUUGUUUCUUAAUACCUCAGAGCAUACAGGAAAGAAAAUAAAUACAAAAAGGGUUGGGAGAAGUACUCUGGAAAUACACCUGGAAUUUCUUGCAUGAGGCCCUUCCCAUGCAUUUCAGUCAUCAGCCAUAGAAUCCGGAAUGCUUUAUUCACAUACAGAUCACUGCAUAGCUUUUGGGGCCAACCUUCAGAUUCCGUUUUUGAACAGAGAUGCUGCACACUAUUGUGCAUACCAUGUGUACUAUUGUGAGUACUAUUGUGAUACCAUGCUCAGGUACCAUGAUAAGCCAUAGUUCCUACAGUGUCAAGGAUGGGGAACCUCUGGCCCUGCAGCAGUUGUUGUACUUCAGUUCUCAUCAUCACCAGCCAGCAUGGCUAAAUAAACGGUCAGGGCUAAUGAGAGUGGAAGUCCAACAGUGUCUGAAUGACCACAAGUUCCCCAUCCCUGCAUUAUGUGAACAAAUCAUUUUAAGCUGUGGGCUGUUACACUCCGUCUUUUCUUUUUCACCCACAAGGAGAAAAGCAGAAGCGCACCCCCUUCUCCCUUUAAACUAAUUACAUGGUUUCGAAAGAUGUCCUAACUGGUUUGCCUUAAUUAUGGUUAGUGAGAACAAGCCAGGACCAAUCUGUGGUUUCAGAUCCCUGCUUGUUCUGAAUUUGAAUUUAAACAAACAACGCAUAGUUAUUACCAAUCCCCUUUUAAAGCCGGCUAUGUUAGUGACCAUCAUCACAUCCUGUGGUAACAAAUUACAUAGUUAAAUGAUGUGUUGCCUGUCUUGAAUCUCUCGCCACUCAGUUUCAUUAAAUGAUUCCAGGUUCUAGUACUACGAGUGAGGGGAAACCCUCUUGUCUCUUUUCUCCAUUCCAUGCAUAGUUUUAUAAACUUAUAUCUUGUUCUCCACUAUUCACUUUUUUCUACAAUGUUGUAACCUUUCACCUUCGUAGAGUUGCUCAUUUUGGUUGUCCUUUUCUGCUCCUUUUCCAACUACACAGUAUCUUUUCUAAGGUGUGGUGACCAGAAAUGUGCAUGGUAUUGUGGUUGGUCUGGGGUAGUAGGAUUAUUCAGUGCACCCCAUAUUCUCUUUAGGCAUUCUUCCAGUGUGUGAAGGUGAACUUUCUUUGUUUUCCCUGGUUUGUGAGUACAGUUUCUUAUUCACAACAGCCACUGUGACAAGCAGCUAUCUGACAGGGCAUUAACUUGAAACAGUGAAUUUGCUGUGUGGGUGGUGUUGGUAUACUUGCCAUCACUGGCCCAGUUCAUAUGCCACAUUAAACCAUAUUUAAGCCUAUAAACUGUUUAAUAUGAAUGAGCAGCGUGCUGCUCAGAAUUACAGAAUCAUAGGAUUGUGGAGUUGGAAGGAACUCUGAGGGUCAUCUAGUCCAACCCCCCGCAAUGCAGGAAUCUAAGUGUGCUCCCAGUGUGCUCCUCUGCAGAUGAAACAAGCCAGAGUCUUGUCAUGUUUGUGUUUCUUUCCCUGAAACAAAAUAUGAGUGUUAACCAAUGUUAGUUUUAAGUUAAAGUUUAAUGUGAUGUGCAAACCACGCCUCUGUAUUAAAUGCAUUUUUUUAAAUAAAAUUUUUUAUUAAAGUUUUGAACAACAAAGAGAGAGAAAAGAAACCAUACACAAUACAUAUAACAAAAACACACACACACAAAAAGCAAAAUUCAACAAUAAAAGAAUAAAAAACAUAACAAUUAAAAAACAAUAUCUCUUUUCCAUUUCCAUUUUUUAAUUACUUAUUUUCUGGAAUUCCUCAUACCUCCCCCUUUUGUAUUCCAAUCCAAAUUGUUUGUCCAGCAGUUUCUUUUCCACCUUUUUAAUCCCAAUCUUUAGCUUUAAUAAAAUAUUGAAUUAUAUAACUUCAACUUCUUUAAACCAGAUCUUUAGUCUUAAUAUCGUAUAACGUUGAGAUUUUUCCUCUUAAUGUCAAAUUUCCAUUUCAUUAAACAUCUUUAAUCCUAAUUUUUAAUCUUAGUCUAUCAUUGCAUUUAUUUUGGAGAGUGAGGGUAAGGGAAUUCAAUUUACUUGGAAGUAAUACAAACUCUAUUGUAUUCAAAUUAUCUAAAAAUGUGUUUUGUAAGAUUCAUAAUUAUUUUGCACUAGUCAGUAAAAUCUAAUUAUGCAUGUUGUGUAUUUUCAUAAUGCAGGGACAUAUUACUGGCUUGGGGUAUAUCACAGAUCAAACCCAGCCUAGUGAUGUCAACAAGAUGCAGUGGCGUACAACUUCUGGGCUACUUUGGCCAUAA